AUGCAACAAAGAUUGGCACUUGAACAGCAAAUUCAAAAUGAAGCUCAGGCAAUAUUUACCGCUGGAGUGUUGGCGCAAACAGCAAAAACGUUGGAGAAUAGAGCGAUAGAACUUGAAAUUAAAAAGCAACAAUUGGAACAACAAACUCAAGCAAAUUUCGCCAAUUAUGAUAAUUUUCCUUUAAAUUCACCGACAAAUGGAAAUUUUGGAAUGUUUAGUAAAGGACCAACAAGUCGAUUUGCUGGUAAAAAUUUAGCUUUUUAUCAUUCUAUUAGAGUGUACCCCGAACGCUCGUGGGCUGGCAUGUAAGGGUGCGGUGUUUUCCAAAAGUUUUGUGGUGGAGUAUAAAUAUCAAGGAGGAUUAAAGGGAUAUAAUAGAAUCUUGAGUGAUUAAGGGGGAUUUCG